AUGCCGAGUAAGUACGAACCGUCCUCCAUUGAUACAGUGAGUAUUUCCUCAUCUGUCUUGUUGUCUUUACUUAGACACACAGCAGAACAUCAUCCGGCAUUAUUUUCGGGAGCAUUAUUAGGAUUUGAUGAUGAGGAGUCGCUUGAUAUAACGCAUGCAUUCCCAUACCCUUAUCCGGACCAGUAUGAAGGGGGCUCCUUCAAGUCUAGAAGCGGAGGUCAAUAUCAAAGGGAUUUACUUGAGAGUUACAAAAAACUCGGAUAUGGAGUUGAAUUGCAAGGUUGGUUUCAAUCAUCAAUCUCGGGUAACUUUGUCACUACGCAGUUGAUUGAAGGGUUAGCUCAACAACAGUUGCUUAAUCCCAACAUGUUUAUCCUUGUACACAACAUGUCGAGUAUAGGUCAAGAGGUUGAUUUGAAAGCGUUGAGAUUAUCCCCUGGGUUCAUGUCUGCAUAUAUGGAUGGUCGGUGGAAGUCCAAGGAUUUGGACAAGCAUGAAAUUUCAUACUUGAGCAUUUUUGAGCAAUUGGAAAUAGAUGUACAAAACCAAGCAUUAGUUGAUUUAUUCUUGUCAAAUACAUCAGUGCCCAAGACUACAGAGUCGGAAUUGAAGGUUCUUAAUCUUUUGUCGCACUCAAGUUCAAUAACCCAUUUAUUGGAAUCGUUAUGUGGUCAAGUUGACUCCUUCAACUAUGAUCAGAAUAAUUUUAAUUAUUACCAAAGGCAGUAUCUGAAAGAGCUGUCCAAGAUCCAGCAAUGGAAACAACAAAGAAAGUAUGAUAAUUUAGAAAGAGCCAAAAUUGGUGAGAAGGAGUUGGACCCAGAAGAAUGGAAGUCACUUUUUAGGUUGCCUGUUGAGCCAUCAAGAUAUAAUAACUUAUUGCAGAGUCAUUCAAUCAAUGCAUUAGCUGAUGAUGUUUUGAAGAAAUGCGAUGAGGAAUUGCAAAAGAGUUUUGUGAUAAAGGAAAAAUUGACACUGGCGUAG